AUGCUUUCGACCGACGAAAAUAAAUUUAAUUGAGUAGAAAAAUCUUUUUCUUUACUUGCGCUAGUAAUGAAUGGCUACUAAAUGCGAGUUCGUCAACUCCGUGAACGAUCUCGAUGUGACCAAACGAGUCGUGGAGAGCGCGGAGAAUCGUGCGCGACUACAAAUCAAGACGAAAGCAUCGAAACUGUCGCGCGGAGGUAAUCGACAAUACGCACAAGCUCUACACGAUCAAGCGGACGAGCUAUGUCAACGCGGCGAGUACGAGUCGGCACUGGUGCUGUAUCAUCGCGCGGCUACCGUGUGUCCGUAUGUCAGCAGUCACAGCGUGGCGGCACGACGCACCGCGGCCAUGAUAAGCUCGUGGAAUAAUCAGGAGAAAAGCUCGGCGCGGUUUUCGACGAGGGAUAAAACGAUCAUGAGAAUGACUUCGUGUCCGAACAGCGCGGUGCUCCAACCGCGUGAAGUUCCAAAGUCGUCUGAUAAUCCGUCGAUUAUCCCCGAUGUUAUGAAAUAUAUCGAUAUACGCAAAAGGACUUCACAUACGUCUUCCGCGCCGUUUGGAUCUCUGUCCGCUCAACUGACUCGAUCCAGAACGUUAUUGAAGUACGUCAAUAAUCGCGCCGACGAGAUGCUGAAGAAUUUGAGAACGAAUUUCAACGCCGGCAAGAUGAGAACUUCGCUUAAACUUGUCGAGGAUCUGCUGACAUUAUCGUCCGCAUUGGAAGAUCCACAUCGGCACAGAAUACUGGCGUAUCAAUAUCUGUGUUUGAUCCACACGGCCUUAGGGCGACACGAUCGAGCGUGCAGCGAUCUCGCCGGGUUAAUGCGCCUGUCGUGCAGCAGUAACAAUCCCGUUCUUCUGACACAGGCACUCAUGAUCAUGGGAAAGGUGCACCUGAGCUUUGAUCACCUGGAAGCGGCCGCGCGCGCUUGGGAGAACAUGUCGGUUUACGUCGACCAUCCGUUGCCGCGAGCCUGGCUGCACCAUGAGAUUGGACGCUGCUAUUUGGAAAUGGGGAAGCACGCGAAGGCACUGCGCAAGACGACACAGUGCCGGGAAUGCGCGGAAGAGGCGAACUCGAAGAAGUGGAUCUUCCACGCCGAUCUGCUGCGAGCGCAAUGCCUGGCAAUGCUGGGUCGUUUCGCCGAGGCGCGCGAAGAGCUGCGAGUCGCCGCGAAGAUCAGCGAGGAGGAGGGCGACACCCCGAUGCUGUCUUACAUCCGAGAUCUAAUCGAGCAACUGAAUCGUGCUCUGCGCGAAGUCACGUUCGUCGAGGAUCGAUGUUUGAAGGGUGUUCCACAAAGGUUAUCGCCGCGAAACGAGGAGCUGUUUGAGGGAAACGAAGCGAUAACAACUUUGGGAAUUAGGAAAACGACGCGCGGCAAGGGCGACGACUAUACGCAGGAUGUCAUCCCCGAUCAACGCGAAAUAGAUGAAGAAUCAAGUUCGUUGGAAAGCGCGAGGUCCUUCAGAAGCAAGAUGACAAAUCUGACGUACGUGAUCGAAUCUCACACGGAUGUUUCUCCUGACAAAGGCAAACCUGCUGAAACGAGAAACGACGAGGAGGCGGAAGUUUUGCCGCGCGAGUCGCAUAUGACGUUCAAAACGUGUUACAAAGACUCGAGACACGUCAUCAUUGACGAAGAGAGAACAUCGUCCUUUCUAAAACAACCAAUCGAAGUGUGCUCGAGUAACAUCGAGAUGAGCGGAGGACGAGCUGAGCGCGAGACAUUCAGGAUCUCCAAGUCCUGCGAGGAUGGAUGGCACCGCGAUGACUUUGACACCGCUAUUGACAAAACGCGAUACGACGUCGUUGCUCGGGACCGACAUAAACGAUCGUUAUAUCCUGAAACGCGCAAACAGGGCGACGAAGAGUAGUUCUUCUUCGUAUAAGCGAAGCGCUUUUUCGAGAUUCGAAAGUACGUGCUCGAAGUACACGUACGUGCCGUAAAACGCGAGAGAAACUCUCGCUCAAAACCAAGGGCAUCAGAAUUUUAUGUUCAGCUGAGGAAAAAUAGAAAGAUGCGAAGAAUAAAAAUCGUACGUGUAACAAAAACUUUAUCGCGUGUGCGAACACACACAACAAUGUUUUCUUUCGCUCAAUGUAAACGCGCACGAGAUUAUGCGCGAAGAUUAUGAAACGAAAAAUAAUUGCGAUAAUAUAAAGCGAAGAGCAGAGCAAAAACACAAUUUGCGAUUCGCGCGUCGGUAAAUCACGACGACGCUGAAUCCACUUUUUUUUUUUUUGUCUCAUUUUCACGGACCGUGUCUGAUUGCACGGCGUUCGCAUCCUGGCGCGCGCAUCAGAUCAACGCUUUUAUUUGCUCGUUCGCGGCGUAUCGCGCGUGCGUAAUUGCGCAUCGGCGAGUGCGUGGAAUAAAAGCCGCCGGAUGAGCGUUGUCGUUAAUGAACACUUGCGAUCGUAAUUAGCACUUUUUUUUUUUUUCUGAUUCCGCGCGCGUUCUCGAAAACGCUUGCGGCAAGUUGACAUUUAGAAAUUGUCGGUACAUCAAAUAACGUUUGAUUUGCUCGUGCAGCGCGAGCGAAUUUGAUAUAUAUAACAUCGCAAAUCUAUUUACUUGAUGAUAUAUUACAAAUGUCAUGACAUUAUUCACGGUGUUGUAACA